GCAGAAGCUAGUUUGAUUAUAAGAGUUGUUGAAGGCAGCCAGUUGCUUCCAAAACGUACCUUUAGGCUUUCAACAAAUAGUUAUGUCGAGGUUUGCGUAGCGGGCAUCGAACGUCUCGUAGCACUGCCUACUGCGGUACGAUGGAGUGCAUUUUAUUUCUCGUAUUCUGUUCUUUGCGAAUCCGUCAGCUAUACACCUAAAUAUUAUUAGCUUUUUUUUAUUCCAAGUAGCAUCAAACCUUCAUAAUAAAUGAUGUCCAAAAAAUACAAUGUCAAACUUUUCCACACUUCUGUCAAAUACCGAAAAAAAUAACAGUAUCAAAUCCGUCAUAGUCAUAAUACAUAUUGCUCCGCAACUCAAUAAAAAGUACCAGUGAGUGGCGUAGGCGGAGGUGAUGAGCUUCACCUCGAACACGAGACACAUCUGAUGACGAGCGCGGUGUUGUUGCAGGCCCUGGUGGCGCUGUGCACCGUGCUGGUGGUGCUUAUCCACCAGCAAUGGACCUGCGCCGGCCUCCCGGUCAGUACCCUCCGGCUUCUCGGUCUUGCUGCUAAGCGAACGAUCUCUGAUGACCAGCAAGUGGCAGGACAACCUCCCCACCUACCAGCCAAAAUAUUCGCGGCAGGUGUCGCUCCUCAGGCAAAGUAUGGGCCUGCGCAGACGAAGACGUGUCCGUGUGGGGGCGACUGGAGGCUGCCGUCGUCCGCGACGCCGUGGAAGCAGUGGGGGCGACAGCCGUCGUACAAGCGCGACCCCGACAUCAGCGUCGACAACGAGUGCAUCGGCCACUCCCCGCGCAUCCACUGACCUGUGCCCGCUGCCGCCAUACGUACACUGAACAUAAAUCCAUUCUACAUACAUAUAUAUAAUAGUCACUCAACUGUAUCAUGGUCUUGUGCAAAAAUGUCAAUAAAAUUGCUACAUAGGUAAA